AUUUAUUUCUAUUAUAAACAAAAUAUUAUAUUGAUCAAUCUUUAGAAAAAAGAUGAUGAAAUUUACCAUUAAAGAGUGGGCAGAACUAAUUUCAGGUCCUAUUUCCAUGAAAGAACAGGAUCAACGAAUCUUUAAACAUGCUGACUUGCCUACAGUAAAAGAUAAGCUUUCAAUAACAUUACUUCUGAAAAUUCAUAAACAUUUUUCUGAUUGGUCUACAGUUUUUCAUAUUUAUUUAGAUGGUGAAUGGGCUGGAUUUUAUUGCAUUGAGAAAGUUAAAACGCAUAAAGCUGUCUUUAAUGAUGGACCAUUGCAUAUUGGGCGUGCUAUCCGUCAUAAUGGCAAUGUUCGUUAUUUCAAUUGGCGCUUAUCUCCUGAAGAAAAUGAAUUUCAAAGAAAGCCGAUUGUAUAUGGAUCAAAAAUUGCUCUUAUACAUUUAUCAACUGGAAAAUAUUUAUCUACUAAAGGAAUUAAAUAUGACUUUGGCCCAAAUAAUCAACAAUAUAUGAUUAUUUGUAAUGGUCAGGAAAUAGAUACAGAAAAUGAUGUUUGGACUUUAAUUGGAACUAGCGGUAAAGGUAUAAAUGAAGGGGAUCCCGUGUCUCUUAAUAAUAUUAUUGGAUUUAAACAUAAAUCAACAGGAUAUUGUUUACAUUCUCAUAAUACUAAUAAUGGAAAAGUCACGCCAAUAUCAAAGCAACAACAAGUAACUUUACGUCCAGGCGAAAUUGGUGUUGAUGAUGAAUGGCUUAUACGACGUUAUAAUCCAACUACUUCUUAUGACACUGGUCAUUUAAUGAAUGGUGAUAUUAUUGGUCUCUUCCAUAACAAAACUAACAAAUCAGCACUAUACAGUCAUGCUGUCUUAUUAGGUGAUGGAUCUCAAGAAGUUUCUUGUUUUGGGGAUGGAAGUGAAAAUAAUAACAAGUUUAUCUUUCAUCAAAAUAUAUCAUGUUUUUAUGUUAUUCCAUUAAUUUGUAGUAGGCACCAAGUUAAAUAUUUUAUUAUUCCCAAUGAAAGAAGUUGCACAUUAUUAUUGAAGAUCAACCGUAUGACCGAAAAAAUUAUGUAAUCUUUGUAAAUAUUUAUAAUAAAAAGAAUUCUAUUUAAAUCAAAUCUAGAGUCUGGAUCCGUCGGACAUCAAAAUUUAUCCUUUUAAAUCCGCAAAAAAAAAAAAAAAAUUUUUUUCCU